UAUAUAGCAUUUAAGAAUGUGCUUAUGCACUCAAUACCUCCUUGAUGAUAGAUAAAAUAUCUUAUUUUGUAUUCUGGUGAUGUAAAAUUUGCCCAUACACAACAACACCUGUUGACACAUUCGAGUGAUUUCCAACGCCUUCACCAUAACAGGGCGGAGCUAAAAUAAAAGCGUUUUGCUUUUCAAGCAAGGCAACAUAGACGUCUGCAAACGACAAUCGCCAUCUGUUUACCUUCACAUCCUCGCGCGACAGAAACAGCGGCCCACAGUGAAAUAUGGUGACAAAGCGAAUUAGAUCGGAAUACAUGAAGAGGUUUAAAGACCCAAAAUGGGACACUUACGCAAAAUGUUAUGAGGAUCUGCUGAAGUACAGACUGUCAAGACGAUUGUUGGAGCAGGCACACAACCCUUGGUUUUGGGGAGAAUGGGGAAGUGAAACCGAGUCCAGUGGUAAAUCUUCUCCUCUUAGUCGUAACAAAGUUGAACCUCAGGUUGAGUUACCAGCAGCUGAACCAGAUCCCAUCCAGGACACAAUUACCCGAGAUGCCGAGCAGAAUAAUCAAGUUGUGGAAGAAGAGAAAAGCAGAGUAUGCUCUCCUGCUCUCAUCCCGGAAACUGAUACACGUAUCAAAAACACACCAAAGCCCAAAUGCCUCUCCUCACACAAAAGCACAAGAUCAAAGGUAAAGCCUCAUGCCAUCAAAGACACAGACAAAGAGAAUCGACAUCCUUUUGCACUGUAUGGUGGAGGAGAGAAGCAGACAGAUAUGGCCUCCAGGAAAACCCAUAAUGUUGGUCCUGAAGCCUCUACAGCAGAGAUUCACGAGUCAGCUUUGCGAGCAAAAACCAGACGGGAGUUGGAAAAACAAAUGAGGGGAGUUGACAAGCAGAGAGCCAAAUCCGCUGACUUGGAAACGAGCAGAAAUAAGAUUGUUCCGGAUUACAACCCAUGGAUGACAGAAUACAUGAGCUGCUUCUCUGCUAGGUCUCGGUAGAACUGUUCUUUUUAAAAGCUUUAAGAAUGUCUGUAAAUAUCCAAACCACUCAGGCUUAAAAAAACAGAAACAUUACAUGUGAUGACUGGUGAAGAACACAUUUUAUCCAGCUCACUUUGCCAUCUUCCAAAAUGGGACACAAUAAAUUAAACUCAAUUUUGUCAUGUUUUUAGGGGGUUAUUUAAAUCUAGAGAUGUUAUAUUUAUCAGGAGGCUACAUAUCAAACUUGACAUUACAGUCCAAUGAUGCUGCAGGGCAAACUGUCAAGCAAUCGCAUGCCUUGUUGCAUGUUUUUGUUCUUUGGUGUGUUUUAAGUUGCCCAUGUAUGUAUAAGACACACAAAGUUACAAAAAGUUAAAGUGUCGGAACAAAAGAUCCAUUCUAUCUAAACGCUAAUGCUCAUCCAGACCUGCCUGAAACACCUCGUGUAACCACACCCUCACAAAUCUACAUCAGUUUGUGAUAUGAUUUGACUAAGACCGCCCACAUGUAUACGCAAGUAAGGUGGGCGUACCUGUCAAUACAAUUGCUUUGGAACCUGAUGUUCCAAAUACAGUAAGAGAUGGGAAAUUUCAGUCACACGCUUGCAGUAUUCUACCAAUCACUAAGCACUGGAUAAGUGGCCAGUCAUAGCACACCUCGCUUUUCAGUGCGAUGAGCUUUGUAAAAAAUCUGUGCGUGUCAAAGAGGGGCGGGGCAAAGAGGGGAUACAAAAAUGCAGUUUGUGGAAAAUCUUAAAACCUUAAAUCGUAUAUACACACAUUGCAUUACAUCUAAAACAAACAAAUAUAUAUUAAUUUUAGCCGUGUUAUAUGACCCUCAUAUGACCCCUUUAAUACUAACAUUUGCAGGCCAUGAGACAUGCCAUUGUCUCUUAAAACUCUUAAACUCUGUAGAUAGUCAGUAAUAAACAAUUACUUGAGUGUUACUUCAGUGCUAAAUGUUAUGUAUUAUGUUUAAUGUUUGUGGUGUAUUAAUAUUGAAGAUUCAUAUAAGUAAUCUAUUUUGUAUCCUUCUGAAGUCAUUUGCACAAAUGUGAAUCUUUGUGAAGUGUAAAUAAGGUCCCCAUUAUUUAAGUAAGCUGCACAUUUGCACCCAGGCAGUUAUACUAACAUUUGCUGAGAAAUAGUGUUUAAAGAUAUCUGUAGAAAUUCUCACUUAUGUUCAUUUUUAAGCAUAUCGUACACUAAGUGUGAUUUUUUUUUUUUUUGUGGCACUCAGGCAUUCAAUGCAUUAAUCAGGAAUAAUGAUAAAGAUGACAAUUAUUUAAACGGGUCUAUUAGAUAUUUGGUUCGGUAUCUGUUAUUGAAGGAUACACAUUUGUAUGAGCAACUGUAAAGUCAUUUUGUACUACGCAUCUUCAUUGUCAAUUCUGGCACAUAAAACUCUGAAAGUAUGUUGUGUAUAGUGUUUACUGUAACGGUAAUGAUGCCAUAAUACCACUAAUGAAUUAAAUUGACAGAUUUCCAAUUCACUGUCUGAUUUAUAAUCUGUGGUUGAGGUUGACAGUGUUUAUUUGUCUGCCUGUAAAAUCCACAAUACUUGAGACCAUUGAGAUGGGAAAUCUUUAACAAGUAAUUUAAAAAGUUGUUUAAAUGUGUUGUGGUCCUCAUCUUUUUUAACAGGUUGUACUGUUUAAAGGAAGUUGGUUAUUGUACAAUUUGUGAACUGGCUUAACCAACAAAAUAAAGUAUGUUAUUUAAA